AUGCCAAAAUACAACGAUAACGUUCAAAUGUUGGGUAUAUCACAUUCUGGUGUAAGAUUAAUUAAACGAACGCGAACAUCAACAACAGAUACACUACAAGUGAUUGAAACAUUUCUUCUUGAAGAAAUUCUACAUGUAUCAAAUGUUCGUGUUCAUACCAUUGAUAUUCGGAUACCGGGAAAACGAAUUACAUUACAUUCACAUAGAGCAAGAAAAAUUAAACAAAUGAUUGAAAUAUUUUCUAAAGAAACGGGACAGAUAUCUUGUUUUGCUCGAGCCAUUCGAGAUCAUCAUUCACGACUAUCACAGCCUGAUUGUCUCACCUUUCGUACAGGAGAUGUUAUUAAAAUAUCAAAACUACGACCAAUGCCCGAUGGCUGGCUCUACGGUGCAAUUGAUAAUCGAGAAGGUCAUGUGCCUGUUGAUCAUGUUCGUAUUAUCUCUCAACAAGAACUUUGUAAAAAACAUGGCAAAACAUCUCCAUUAACAAGUAGUGAUCCUUUAAAAUCAUCCAGUUUAGGUAGUCUAAGUGGUAGUCGAACAUUUAGUGAAAUGAUCACAUCAGCAUCAAUGGAUAUAAAUAAUGAAUCUCGACCAACUCAUAGAGAUAUGUCUCCAGUUUGCACAUUGCCGGGAACAUAUUCAAUGAUGGAAUAUGCCCUACAAAAUUUCAAAAUACCACAUCGACGGAAAGGCAAAAAAAGUUGGAAAAAUUCAGAAUGGACAUGGAAUGAUUAUUCUGAUUUAAUUAAAUGGAGUAAAACACCGAUUCAAGCACCUUUACUUCGUCAAACAUCAAGUGAGAUGGCACGAACAGCUCGACAAUGUUUUAUCGCUAUUAUGCGUUUUAUGGGUGACCAUUCAAUGGGAAAAGGACAAUCAGAAAUUGAUUGCAUCUAUUAUCUGCUCAAAUUGACAAACAAUAAGAGUUCGAAAGCGGAUAGUUUAAAACGUGGUUGGUCAUUAUUGUCUGUUGUAACCAAUUAUUUCAUACCAAACGAAGCACUUCGACCAUAUGUAUUGAAAUAUAUCAACGAUAAUAUAACGAAUUCAAAUAAGGAGGCUCAAACAUGUUUAAAACACUAUAAUCAAACGAUUAAAUAUGGUGGUAGAAAAAAUGUUCCAAGCAAAUCGGAAAUUGAUGCUACAUCAAAUGGUCGAAAUUCAAAACGUCAGACUCUCUUGCUUCCAGGCGGUUUACCCAUAACAAUUCAGACUCAACCCUCUAUGGUCAUUGGCGAUUGCAUUAGUCAAGUAUGUGAUCGUUUAAAUAUAACAAAUCUAUUAGAACAAGAUGAAUACUCAAUUUAUGUUAUUAGUUCAGAACAUACAUCUCGUUUACUCAAUCCAACAGAAUAUAUAUUGGAUAUUCUAAGUGAAUGUUUAAGAACAAAUAUUGGAGAAUAUCAUUUUAUUGUUAAACGAUUGUUAUGGUAUUUUUUACCAUUAAAAUUUGAUAAUGAGUUAUUUAUCAAUUCAAUGUAUAAUCAAAUAAUGCCAGAUUAUCUUGAUGGAACAAUGAUUAUUGUACAAAAACAUGAAUUUACUGACGAAAGAGUGCAAGAAAUUUCAUUAUUGGCAGCACUGCAUCAUUAUACAUCAAAAAAAGUUGCAUUACCAUCCAUGAGAGAAGUCAAAUAUUUAUUGCCAACGGCAUUGCUGGCAUUGAAAAGUGUUCGACCACAAGAUUGGACAAGUUAUGUUCAUCAAAAAUUCAAAACAAUAGAAUCACUGUCAAUCUUGGAAGCUAAAAUCAAAGUCUUAACUAUUUUACAAACGUGGCCAUUAUUCGGUACAACGUUUUAUACCGUUCAAUAUAUUGAUCAUUUAUCCGUGUCAUCACCAUGUUUAAUUGGUAUUAGUAAAAAUGGUCUACUAUUUCUUGACAAAGAAACACAUGAAUCACUGUUUUCUAUUCCAUUCAAUGAUAUUAUAUCGAUUCGUCGACAUCAAAAUACUGUCGAUAUUAAAUAUGGAAGUUUAACACAACCAAAUUUAAUUCAAUGUCAAAUUGAUAAAGCUCAAGAUAUGGUUGCCCUAACCGGUCGUUAUCUAAGUUUAAUUGCUCAAAAUCGUCCAGAACGAAAGAAUGAUCAUAAAACAUAUAAUGAUCCUAUAAGUACAAUUUUAUAA